AUGGCAUCCGAGACUGUCGUCAACAGUGAUCUGCGACGGGCAAGUACCGAAGCAAAGAGACAGCACGACCGCAAGGCCAAAUGGGCUUACGGCGGCCGAUGUGCGCUUCCUCGGCAGAACCUGGUGGCCCCUUUCCUGCCAAUAACUCGUCCUGCGAAACCACUGCACCGACAUCUUCCCGUCAUCAAGCGUUCCAAUCAACACAACCUCAACCAGCUCGCACGUUAUUCCAGGGUUUCCCUGCAUCAUGAUAUCCAAGAGAUCCUUGACACCGGUACCUCUGAUUCGUCUAGUGGUGAGGAAGUCGAGGAGCCAGUCGCAGUCGAAAAGGGCCCCGAAGUCAUGAUCGUUGACGAAGACGAGAACCCGCAUCCGUAUGAGGUGUCUGGUCAGACAAUCUUGUCUGACGCUGUGAACAAGGCCGUGGAGAAGUACGAGACAAAGGAGACCGAGAAGCUGGUCAAGGAAUAUGAGAUCAUCUCACCUGAGAGCGAGAUGAGAACUGGCUAUCUGGCUGACGAUGAUUUCGAGCUGGUAGACCAUGUUCAGCUGUGA